AUGGGCGUCCCGCGGUUCAAAUACAAGCCCAAGGCGCGGCUGGCGCGGCGCGCGCCCUGCUCCGUCUGGGUGAAGCGCAACUGGGUCCUGAUCAGCUUAGCUGGCCUGGCCAUCACGGGCGCGGUCCUCUCCAUCCUGCUGCUCUUCGAGCCCUGCGACAAGGAGACGAAGACGACGGUGCUGAACCGCACGAGCGUGCUCAACGUCACCUACAACGAGACGCGCCUGCUCAACGUGACGCGCAACGUGACGAGCGCGUUCAACGUCACGCGGCUCGAGAACGCGACGCGCGCCGCGAACGUCACGUCGGUCUUCAACGAGACCGUCGUCAGCAACGUCACGACCUACGCGAAUUCGACGGUGAACGCGACCUACUACAAGCCCUUCCACGCGUCCCUGCUCCUCGACGCGUCCAAGUCCGUGUCCGCGGAGGAGUGGGUCGCGGUGAAGGAAGCCGCCGUCGCGCUCGCGAACGUCACCGCGGGCCUCGUGCGGUCGACGCUCGAGUACGGCGUCGUCCAGUGGGGCUGCGACGCCGUCGAGUCCGUGCCGCCCGCGGCCUACGAGCCGCGGCUCCUGGACACCAUCGCGGGCCUGGACCAGGCCGUGCAGCUCCAGACGCUGAACGUCUUCGCGCUCAUGGACUGCUACGACCACUUCGCCGGCGCGCCGUCCGACGACGCCAAGCUCUGCCAGUUCAUCACGGACGGCGCCCCCACGGAGGCGGAGCGGACCUGGACGGACGAGGACGUCGUCGUGAAGAAGGCGUCGUACAACGGCGCGCCCAUAUGGUGCAACGUCUCCGCGGCGCGCGGCCGCGGCUGGUGCGACGCGAGGCGCGUCGCCAACUGCACGCUCCUCGGGGUCACGGAUUUCCUGGAGAGCGCGGGCUACAUCAUCCACAUCAUCGUCGUCGAGCCCGCGUCGAACUACGACAGCGGAAUGAUGUACCAGCUGUCGAGCUGCGACACGGGGUACUCGAACGAUUAUUUUUCGAACUAUGCGUACGGCUUCGGCGGCGCCAACGACCAGGAUGUGGUGGGCACGGCGGAGUUCUACCGCAAGGGCGGCGUCGACGAGGCCGGCGGCACGUCCAUCUGCGCGUCGCCCUACUGGCCGGGCUUCGAGUGCGACGCGAGCUGCUCCUUCGUCACGGAGGUCGAGUCCUACGAGACCAUCGUCGCGGACGCCGAGGCCAUCGUCGACGCCGUCGUCGUCGCCGUCGGCUCCGAGCGGGUCCAGACGUCGAGGACGGACGCCGUCACGACGACGACGUCGUCCGUCGUCACGGAGCGGACGACGACGACGGAGACGUCGACCGUCACGGAGCGGACGACGGUGACGGAGUCGACGACGGACGCCGUCGUCGACUCGACGCUCGUGACGUCCGUCGAGGCGGGCACGGAAAUCGUCACGGACAGCGAGGUGCUGCAGGAGCGGCUCUGCACGGGCUCCGGCGUGUCCUUCUUCUGGCUCCUGCUCGGCGCGCCGCUCCUCGCCUACCUCUUCCUCAAGCCGCUGUCGAACCUGCUGCGCAACUGCUGCGCGCCGGAGCCCGAGCCCGCGCCCGAGGAGGCGGCCACGAGCUCCUACGAGAUGUCGAUGAACCCCGUCUGGGGCGUCGACACGACCAAGGACGACCCCGCGCCGCCGCCGAUGCCGCGCAAGGAGCGGUCCGCGAUCGACACGACGCUCAACAAGCGCGGCGGCAAGAAGAAGAAGAAGUACAUCGGCCCCCGGGGCAGCGUCGCGGGCCCCCCGCCCGCGACGCCCGCGGCGACGCCCGUGCCCGCGCCGCCGACGGGGCCGCCGCCGCGCGCCGCGAAGAAGCGCGCGUCGCUCAUCCAGGGCCACGGCGCGGCCAAGUUCGACAACGGGCUCAUGCAGGUCUACAACGGCGACAAGUGGCAGGAGGACGUCGCCGACUUCGUCAUCGGGCUCCUCUGCUGCCGCUGCCUGGCGAAGGCGCCGGAGCCGCCGCCGGGCGAGCGGCCGUCGCAGCACCCGCCUCCGGGCCCGCCGCCGCCCGUCGGCAGCGCGGCCCUUCCCCUCUUGCUGUUCAGCGCGAUCGACGCCGUGGUCCAGUUCGGCGCCGCGGUCUACUGCACGGACGCGCGCGGCGCCGGCGCCUUUGGAUUGCUGACCCGGCGCUGGCACGGCGGGUCGGCGGAGGCGCAGGUGCUCGUGCUGUCGGCGCUGCGCAUCGCCUGCGGCCUCGUCGCCGCCGUGGCCCAGGGGCGGUCGCGCAAGGCCUGGCGCGCGUCGUCGCGCCGGGUCGCCGCGCGCGCGGCGGCGGCGGCCGGCGUAGCCGCGGGCGCGUCGGCCGCGGCGGCGGCCGUCGCCGCGGCCUGCGUGCGCUGGCGCGCCUACCGCGUCGGGGCGCUCUACUGGGCCGCGGCGCCGGAGCGGCGCCUCGCCUACGCCGUCGCCGACGGCUGGUGCUUCGCCGCGUCCCUCGUCUACGUCGCCUUCGCGCUCCGGAGCCGCGCGGCGGCGCGCGCGCCGGCCAACUCCGCCCCCGCGCGGCCGCCCGUGGACGCCAAGCCCUGGGCCGCGGCCCUCGCCGACGCGCCGCCGCUCCUCGAGCUUGCGACGGAGUUCCCCCGGGCCCCCGCGGCGCGCACGGCGCUCGCGGCCGCGCGCGUCGACCUCGGCGGCUGCCGCGACGACGACCUGCUGCUCGCGGCCUGGGCGCGCGUCCUGGCGCACUACGCGCGCUGCGACGAGGUCGUGCUCGGCGUCUACGCCCUCGGCGCGCGGCGCGAACCCGCGGAGGAGACGAAGGAGGCCGACGACGCGCCGCCGGGCGACGACGCGUGGGCGCCCGUCGCCGUGCGCUGCGACGGCGCCGCGUCCUUCGACGACCUGGCCCGGGCCGUCGCCGACGCGCGGCGCGCCGCCGCGCGCCUCGGCGCGCCGCCGGCGCCCGCGGACCUCGCGGCCGCGCUCGGCCGCGCGCCGGACGCGACGUACGCGCCCGUCUUCCAGGCCGGCGCGGUCCUCGGCGGCGCCGGCGACGCCCUCGCGCGGGCGGCGGCGGCCGCGGCCGACGCGCGCCUCGACGCGUGCCUCGUGGCGCCCGCGGGCGUCGUCCUCUACGACGCCAAGCUCUUCGGCGCCGCGGCGGGCGGCCGCCUCGCGGCGCAGGUCGGCCGCGCGGUCGCCGCGGCGUUGGCCGACGGCGCGCGCAACGCGGCGCGCACGCCGCUCCUCGGCGCCGAGGAGCGCCGCGGCGUCCUGGCCCUCGGCGACGCGCCGAGCCCGCCCUGGGACGCGGCGACGACGGUCUACGGCUCCAUGGUCGCCGCGGCCGCUCGCUACCCCGACGACGCCGCGCUCGUCGCGCCCGGCUUCUUCGAGGACGAGGGACUUGCCGGCGCGGACGCCGCCGUGACCUACGCGGCCCUGCUCCGCGGCGCGGUCGCGCUCGGCGCGGCGCUCGGCGGCGUCGGCGCGGGCGACGCCGUCGCGGUCGUGCUGCGGCGCUGCGUCGAGCUGCCGAUCGCCGUCUACGGCGUGCUGAGCACGGGCGCCUACUACGUGCCCGUGGACCCGGACUACCCCGAGAGCCGCCGCGCGUCCAUGUUCGACGACGCGAAGCCGGAGAGCGUCGUCUCCGAAACCGCGCUCCGCGCCGUCGCGGCGCCCGCGGGCUACGGCGGGCGCGUCGUCUUCGUCGACGAGCUCGACCUGCUGGCGAGCGCCGCGGCGGCGGCGCCGCCGGGCCCGGCGCCGUCGGACCCCGUCUACGUGCUCUUCACUUCCGGAACAACUGGCCGCCCCAAGGGCGUCGUCGUGCCCCACCUCACGCUCGCGCGGCGCGUCGCCUGGUUCGAGCGGCGCUACGGCGCGGGGCUGCGGGGCGGCGAUCGCGCGGACGGCGGCGCGCGCGACGGCGACGACCGCCGCGGCGCGGAAUCGCGGCGGCGCCUCGGCGCGGCGCGCGGCGUCGUGCUCAUGAAGACGCCGGCCUUCUUCGGCGUGAGCGAGUGGGAGCUCUUCUGGCCCCUGACCGUGGGCUCGACGCUCGCCGUGCUCAAAGCCGACGGCGAGCGGGACCCGGACUACCUCGCGCGGUCCGCGGCCGCGUGCGGCUGCACGGCCGCGUUCUUCAGCCCCGCGCAGCUCGGCGUGCUGCUCGAGCUGCUCGCGGCGACGCCCGUAACCGAGGGCUUCGCGGGCGACGCGGCGAACAGGGCCGCGAACGCGCACCUGGGCGCGCUGCGGCUCGCGUUUACGUGCGGCGAGGCGCUGCCCGCGCGCGUCGCGAACGCGUGCGUCGCGGAGCUGCCGCGGGCGCUGCUCGUCAACAUCUACGGCCCGACGGAGGCGGACAUCACCUUCUGGGAGGCGCCCGCGGCGCGGGGCGCCGGCGCGGUCGCGGAACCCGUCGCCUGCGUGCCCAUCGGGCGGCCCGUGGACCACGUCCGCGUCGUCGUGCUCAACUACGACGGCAGCGACGUCGCGCCCGCGGGCGUGCCCGGGGAGCUCGCCUUCGUCGGCGACGUCGCCGGCGGCUACCUCGAGCGGCCCGAGGCGACGGCGAAGGCGUUCUCGGACGACCCGCCGCGCGCGCUCGUCCGAAACGCCGGCGACCGCUGCUACAAGACGGGCGACGUCGCCAAGUUCGGAGCCGACGGCACGCUCGAGUUCCUGGGGCGCGUCGACCACCAGGUGAAGCUCCGGGGCUUCCGCGUCGAGCUCGGCGAGGUCGACGUCGCGCUCGGCGCCGUGCCGGGCGUGCUCGGCGCCGCGACGCUCCUCCACGGCAAGGGCACGGACGCCAAGCUCGUGGCCUACGCGCGGCCGGGGGACCUCGACGUGCCGUCCGUGCUCAAAGCGCUCCGGGCGAAGCUGCCCCACUACAUGGUGCCGUCGGCGAUCGUCGCGCUCGACGACUUCCCCGUGACGGACCGGGGCAAGCUCGACCGCAAGAAGCUCCCGGAGCCCGCCUUCGGCGCGGGCCCCGACGACGACGCGCCCCGGGACGCGCGCACCUGGUCGCCCCUCGAGGCGGCCCUGCGCCAGCUCUUCGCGGACGCGCUGAGCGUCGACGUCGCCAAGGUCGGCUUCGACGGCGACUUCGAGGCGCUCGGGGGCAACUCGCUCCUCGCGGGCCGCGCGACGAACGCCAUCCGCCGCACGCUCGCCGGCGCGGCGAAGAUCAAGGGCACGGCCAUGUACUCGCACGCGUCCGUCGCGAAGCUCGCGCCCGUCGUCGCGAAACUACAAAUCGCCGCGGGCUUCCAGCCCGGCGACCUCGCGUCCAAGACGCUGCUCCGGCGCCAGUCGACCGUGACCCAGACCGACGCGAGCCGCGCGCACUCGCCGACGUCCUUCUGGCCCCUCGCGGCCCAGGCCGCGGGCGCGACGGGCAUCUUGGCCCUCCGCUACCUCGACUGGCCCGCGUGGUACGGCCUCUGGUACCUCUACCUGAGCCUGCCGAAGCCCGUCGUCUUCUGCUGCGUGCCCGCGCUGCUCUUUGCCACGGACGCGCUGGCCUUCGCGCUCGCGUGGCUCGCGCAGCGCGCGACGCUCGGGAGCCCCGCGGCGUGCCGCGCGGCCGUCGCGGCGAAGCCCUCGGGCGUGCCCCUCUACUCCAAGGCCUACCUCGACUGGUGGUUCGCCCACCAGGUCCAGUCCAUCGUCACGGAGCGCCUCGAGCGGUCCUUCCACGGCACGCACCUCAUGACGUGGUACUACCGCGCGCUCGGCGCGACGAUCGACGGCGGCGCGCUCAUCGACGGCCGUCUGCUCGACCCGCCCCUCGCCCACGUCGGCGCCUACGCGACGGUGGCGACGGGCGCGGAGCUCGACGCCCACUUCAUCAGGGACGGCGCCCUCUGCCGGCGGCCCUGCGGCGUCGGCGCGGGCGGGGUGGCAGGGGUUCACGCGUACGUCGCGCCCGGCCGGUCCGUGCCGCCCCGGGCCAAGGCGGGGCCCCUGAGCACGACGGCGGCCGUCGGCGCGACGGACCUGGCGACGGGGCUCGACCCGCCGUCGGCGGCCUUCCGCGAGCGGCGCGACGCGCAGCUCUUCUGGCGGUCGCUGCUCGGCGUGCCGCUCCUCUACUGCCUCCAGGCGCUGCCCUACGUGCCCUUCGUCUACGUGCUCGAGCACGUCUAUAUCGGUUUACGGUCCGCCGUGCGGGGCCACCCGGCCGUGCCCAAGGCGCCCUGGCUCUUCUGGAUCUGCUACCCGUGGCUCUGGCGCGUCGGCUUCCACGAGUGCUACUUCGUCGUCGUCGUGCUCUUCAAGCGGCUCGUCGUGGGCCGCUUCGUCGAGGGCACGGCCGACGCGACGAACAAGCCCCUGCGGCGCUGGCUCUUCGAGCGCCUCGUGGAGGCCGAGGCCUUCGAGCACUGCAUGCGGCCGUGGAUCGCGUGCGGCUGUGUGGAAUUCAACCACUGGUUUGGGUGGUCCUGA